UCCACAAGAAUCAUUAUCUAAACAAUAACCGCUUGACACUUUUCUUCCGAACAACACAUCAAACCAGCAAUCAUGGCAUACCAAACAUCCUUCCUCCAAGCCAUCAAAGUGCGCCGUUCUAUUCUCACUCUUGCCAAAGAGUCGCCAAUUUCAGAUGAUCGCAUCGAAAUGUGUGUCAACCAUGCCAUAAAGCAUGCUCCGUCGCCAUUUAGUGUCCAGUCUUGUCGUGCAAUCAUCCUCUUUGGCGCUGAGCACGAGAAGCUCUGGGACCUUGGUAUGGCCGCAGCCAAGAAUACCAUGCCUCCUCCAGUCUUCGCCCAACAUGAGUCGAAGAUUCAAGGCUUCCGUGAUGCUUAUGGAACUGUUAUGUUCUUCGAGGACACUGACGCUUCGAAGUCCCUUCCUCCACCAUUGCAAGACCUCAUGGCGCAAAAUCCAGACUGGUACGAGCACUCUCAAGGCAUGAACCAAUUCAUCGCAUGGACUGCUCUAGCCAAUGAAGGAUUGGGUUGCAGUCUUCAGCAUUUCCAAGCGAUGGUCGGCAAAGAUGUAACCAAGAUUUGGAAUGUGCCAGAGAGUUGGUCUCUUCGUGCACAAUUGGUAUUUGGUACGCCAACAGGACCCCCUCGCGGCGGGGUCGACAAGCAAUUCGCUCCGUUGGAGACUCGGGUGAAAGUUCAUGGUCGAAAGGACUGAGUAAGGGAAGCGAACUUGUCUGUUGCUUGCAGAUGAAGUAUCAGUAUGUGUGACGGAGCAUCGAAUUGCAAGCUUUUGAAGAGAUUUUGAAGAUAAGAUGAGACACGGAUGUGAUAGGAAUCUGCAAAGCAAUGUCUCAAGUAAACAGUUCCGAAGCUUCUGGAGUCGAAAGGAGAGUACAGUCUUAGAGGACGCAG